AUGGCAGCAACAACGACGAUGCGCAUUUUCCUCGUUCAGACAGCACAGGGCCUGACCCCUUCCUCGGGCGGCUACAAGGCAAAUAUCAGUCUGUUGCGCGAACUGCGCAGUUUCGGCCACGCGGCCGCCCAGAUAUGCUAUGGCUUUGAGCACGAAGUCGAGCAUUACGCCGAGCGGGCCGCAGCCAAAGGCAUCGAUCCCGACGUCACCGAGUCCACUGUGCCAUUCGUGGACUUCAGGGGAGCGAAAAACAACCUGCUGGUCAAAACGUUCUUCGAUGAGUACGAGAUUCAGCACUUCGUCAUUUCUCGAAGUCUCUUCAAAAAGGACUAUCCACGGAAGGAGCUGUGGCAGGAAACAAAGGAUUACAUUGAGGUAAAUGACUUACGCUGGCGCGAGGCCAGCGACCUCGUCAAGGCUUUGGUCAACCUUUACACCGCCAGCAUCACCGAGUUCCGCCCUACGCACGUUGUCUUCAACGACGCCAUGACCAUGAAAAUUGCGUCGCUACAUCCCGACCGAGCCAAGUUCAAGCGGGUUGCGGUUGUGCACACGGCGGAGCAGCUCCCUUUCGGACCCUACUGCUCCGGACUCCCUGGCCACUGCAUGUCGGCCGAGAAGGAAGACGUGAUGUUGAGGGACGUGGACGGGAUUUGGGUGGUCUCCCGCGCCAUUCACGACUACGCUAUCAAAUACGGCAAUCUGGAGACAAAGUUCCUGAACCACAGCACCAUGACUUAUCUCGACUCAAAAACCGGGGGGAUACCAGAACGCCGAAGAAACGAGAACAAAGAAGAAGUGGGUAUGAUUAAUCCCUGCCCGUGUAAAGGGCUCUCCAUCCUCGUUGCUCUGGCCAAGAGGCUCCCCCACGUCAACUUUGUCACUUGGGCGAGCUGGGGCUCCAAGCCCGAGCACAAGGAACUGCUCCAGUCUCUGCCGAACGUGAAAAUCGAGGACACGACAAGCGACACGGAUAAAAUUUGGGACAGGAUCAAGAUCCUACUCGCGCCUUCGGUCUGGUAUGAAGCGUGGGGAAUUGUCGUGACGGAAGCACAGCUGCGCGGCAUUCCUGUCAUCGCUUCUGAGGCUGGAGGGCUCCGCGAGGCGAAGCUUGGCCUUGACUACUGCAUCCCCGUGAAUCUCCUCACGGGCGAGAAGGACGCCAAUGGCGAAUACAUCAUCCCCGACCAAGACAUUACGCCGUGGGAAUCGGCCAUUGUGGAGCUGAUGACAGACAAGACCAAGUAUAGAGACCUGUCCAGCAACACAUGGCGUACGGCAUCUAAGUGGUUUAGCGGUCUGGACACUCGAGCUCAGGAGAAGUGGUUUCUCGACAUGAUGGAGGCCAACGACCCCAAGAGUGAGGUAUGA